AUGGCCGAAAACCCCAGUGCGAAGCGUCAAAGAUCCUCCAAGGACGUCCCUUACGAGCUCAUCUACUGGCCCGGCCUACCCGGCCGAGGUGAACACGUCCGGCUCCUCCUCGAGGAGGCCGGAGCCGAGUACACCGACACGGCGCAUGUCGAGGGCGGCGUCAAGACAGUGCUGGCCCAGAUCGAUGACAAGUACCUCGGCGACGAGCUCAACCCGCCCCCGCUGGCGCCGCCGAUCCUCAAGCACGGCGACCUCGUCAUCAGCCAGACGCCCAACAUCCUGCUGUAUCUCGGCCCCCGUCUGGGCCUCGCGCCCAAGAUCUCCGGCGACGACGACGGCAUCUACCACGUCAAUGCGCUUGCGCUGACGGCGCUCGACGGCUUGAGCAACGAGGCGCACGACACGCACCACCCUGUCGCGACUGGGCUGUACUACGAGGACCAGAAGGAGGAGAGUAAGCGCAAGGCCAAGGAUUACACCACCAACCGACUGCCCAAGUUCUUCGGCUACUUUGAGAGGGUUCUGAAGAGCAAGACCAGCGGCGAAGGACCUUGGCUCUACGGAGGAUCGUUGACAUAUGCAGACUUAGUGCUGUUUCAGUGCAUCGAUGGCCUCAAGUUCGCCUUCCCCAACGCUCUCAAGCGCCUUGAGGGAAGUGGCGACUACAAGGGGCUCUUCGAGCUCUAUGACGCUGUCAAGGAGCGUCCAAAGAUCAAGCAGUACCUCGCCAGCGACCGAAGACAGAAGUACUCUCAGGGCAUCUACCGUCACUACCCGGAGUUGGAUGAAGAGUGA